AUGACUAGGGAUGGUUUGCUGAUGUCUCUGAUGUUGAUCGUACAGUUCUCAUUAUAUGCAUAUAUCGAGAAUGUUGCUGCGAACAUGGACUUACGGAAAGAAAAGAAGCACGAAAACUUUGUUCCGCUGGUCGCAUUCGAGUGUGGUUUCCGAAACAGAUUCAUGGGUGAAGAUGGAACAUGGAUGAGCGAUCCGAGCACUCUUGCAACAUGCCUCAGUGGAAAGCUCGAUAUAUUAAAAUAUUGCCGAAAAGCGUAUCCAAAACUGGACGUUACGAAUAUAGUGGAGUAUUCACAUGAAGUAGAAAUUCCUGGGUGGUGUCGUGAGCAGGGCUCACCAUGUAAAUGGACACGUACUGUGAGGCCCUACCAGUGCAUUAUUGGCGAGUUUCACUCGGAAGCGCUUCAAGUACCGCAUGGUUGUCGAUUUGGACAUAUCAAUGAUCGUCAAUCAUGCAAUGAUUAUGCGCACUGGAAGGAUGCUGCGUAUAAACAAUGCAAAACGAAGAUUGUUAAUGAUAAGCGAAUGGCAGUGCGUUCAUUUGCAGUUCUUGAACCUUGUGGGUUAGAUCUUUUCACCGGGGUUGAAUUUGUUUGCUGUCCAGGGGAUGAUAAAAUUGAAGAAUUAGAGAAUAAGAAAGUGGAUGAAGAAGAAACUGAAGAUGAUGAUGAUGAUGACUAUGACGAUGGUGAUGAUGACGGUGAAUAUGCCGAAGAUUCCGAUGAUGCCAAGAGUGUUUUACAAGAUCCAUAUUUCAAGAUGUCCGAUCCUGUCAACGAGCAUGAACGUUUCAAGGAAGCCCAGCAACGUGUAGAAAAACGACAUCGCGCUAAAAUUAAUAAGGUUAUGCGGGAAUGGUCCGAUCUUGAAGCACGUUACAAGAAAAUGAAGAAGACGGACGAAAAGGGUGCUGAAGCAUUCAAGAAGGAAAUGACUUCGCGAUUCCAAAAGACGGUUGCUUCACUAGAAGAGGAGAAUAAGGAACAGAAAAAGCAACUUGAGGACGUUCAUGAAGAACGAGUGCAAGCGCAUCUUAAUGAGAAGAAGAGACAGGCAACUCAUGAUUAUCGUUCGGCUUUAGCUGUGCAAGUGGGUGCACCAAAUAAACACAAUGUACUCAAGACACUGAAGACUUACAUUCGCGCUGAGGAAAAAGAUCGAACACAUAUGAUUAAUCGUUUUCGGCAUUUGCUACGUACUGAUCGAGACGAAGCCGAAACAUACGAACCAAUAUUAAUACAUCAAUUGCGUUAUAUUGAUCUUCGCAUAAAUGGUACGCUUGCAAUGCUUCGAGACUUUCCGGAACUUGAACGACAAGUUCGACCGAUUGCUAUUGAAUUUUGGACUGAUUAUCGUAAAGAGAACACACCAGAAGUUACGAGAGAUGAAUAUACUUUAAUUGGUGGAGAUGAACAAAAUAUUAAACUUGUACAUUACUAUAAGGAUUCAUACGAUCGCUUACACAAUCCAUCACGAUCGCGUAAAACGACACUAUCAACGACCACUGUUUCUGGACUAAAGAAAAUGCUCAGUGAUUCGGAUGAAGAAGAUGACAAUGAUGAUGAGGAUGAUGACCAUGGAGCAAGCGUUGAAGCGAAAAAGCAGUCAUACGAUAAUACCAAAAAGAUUGUAAUAGAAAAAAUUGUACAGAGAAGACCUGGCAACAAGUUCGACAAAAACAAGCCCACUGUCUAUGAAAUUGAUGAUGAUGAUGAUGAUGAGGAUGAUGAGGACGACGUCGGAGAUACCGAUGAAGAACCUUUAUCGAACAGCAAAUCAGUUGAACGAGAACUUCAUGUUGAAAUUGAACCGAUUGUAAGUGAGCCGGUUAGGGUGCACGACUUACCACCAAGACCAUCUUAUGCUAGACAUGAGCCACUACAGCAUUUCAAGGUGAGUGCGGAAGAUGCCUCGACAAAUGUGUUCAGGACUUCAACGAAUUUGCUGUUAAUUUUUGUAUCUACUGCUACUGUCAUUUUCAUCGUUUUUGCCAUCGUUUUAGCUCAUCAACGACCGCGACGUCGUGGCUUUAUCGAGGUUGAUGUUUGCACUCCAGGGGAGCGACAUGUUAAUGGAAUGCAGGUGAAUGGUUAUGAGAAUCCCACGUAUUCAUUUUUUGAUAACAAAACCUAA